AUGUUGUCUAAUAAGCUCUUUCUCAUCGCCUCUCUCGGUCUUGUCGCCUUGACCAACGCCCAAGAAACAUCCACAUUCCAAUUCAAGGAUACCUACCCUGAACCUUACAAGGUGCCCCAACCAAAGAAGGAAUGGCUUGAUCUCAUUGCCAAUGCCAGCAUUGCCGAUGCACCCUUGUUGAAGACCGAUGCCAAUGGUGGUCUUGUAUUGCCUGAGAAUCCUGAAAACGAUCCUCAUUGCUUGUGGACUACUACUCAAUGCUUGGAUAAGGAAGAUGUUUAUACUUGCCCUACCACUGGUGAAUGGGGUGUCACCUUUGAUGAUGGCCCAUCCGAAUUCAGCCCUGCAUUGUACGAUUACCUCGAUAAGAAAAACGAAAAGGUCACCUUUUACAUGGUGGGUGGUCAAGUGAAGCAAUUCCCUGAGUUGCUCAAGCGUGCCUAUGAUGCCGGCCAUGAAAUCGCCAUGCACACUUGGUCUCAUAGCUACAUGACCACCCUCACCAAUGAAGAGUUGGUGGCCGAACUCAAGUGGACUGAGCAAAUUAUCAAGGAAGUCAUUGGCGUUUCACCAAAGUAUUACAGACCUCCAUUCGGUAACAUUGAUAACCGUGUCCGUGACAUUGGCAAGGCCCUUGGUUUUACUCCUGUUAUUUGGUCUGUGGAUACCAAUGAUUGGUACUUGCCUAGUGAUCCCACCUUCCAAGCUCAAUGGAUCACCAACAAUGUCACUGAAUGGGCAUCCAAGAACACCACCCAAGGCGGCGUAUCAUUGGCACAUGACUUGUACAAGGAAACUGUUGAUGCUGCUCUCAACUACUUGCCUAUCCUCGAGGAUGCUUAUGAUCUCAAGACCGUUGCUCAGUGCAAUAGCCAAAACGCCUAUAAAGAAGGCAAGGGUACUGCUGCUGGUGGCAACAAUACUACCCAACCCUCCGCCUCAUCAUCCGCUGGAGCAAGUGGCAGUGCUAGUGAAUCAUCCAAGCCCUCUUCUGAAGCUGGUGGUGACAAGAAGGAAAAUGCUGAAAAGGAUUCUGCUACCAAGGGUCAAGAAGAUGAUGAAAGCGCUGCCUCCACCUUGGUCAUGUCCGCUACUAGCAUGCUCCUUGUAUUGGCUGCUGCCGCCUUGUCCGCUUAA